AUGUUUAAGAUACUGAGAACCGUACCCGGUGCGCGCCCAAACACACGUAGUGUGAUAAGUGAACCGAACCCCAGCCAGGCGCGUGUGGUAGUGGCUGGUGCAGGGCUGCUGGGUAAUUCGGUCGCGUACCAUUUGGCGGACAACGGUUGGAGCAAUGUGCUGGUGCUUGACCAGAGCAAGGUUGGCAGCGGUACGUCCCAUUUCGGGUCGGGUACGAUUGGGCUGUUUAAACCAACGCCCGAGCGCAACAUUGUGGUGGAAAGCCUGAAGCUGUACCAGAAGCUGCACCGGCAGGGCCACGACAUUGGACUGCGACGAUGUGGCAGUCUUAAUUUAGCGCAAACGCACGAUCGCGUGAUAGCGUUACAGCGCCGCGCGGCGUACAUUCUGCCGACCGGGAUGCAGUGCGAGCUGGUGGAUUCGGACACGGCGAGAAAGCUGCACCCGUUUCUGAACACCGACGAUCUGCAAGGGGCGGUUUACGUGCCGGAUGACUGCAUCGCCGAUCCAGCGGCCGUCGUGCAGGUGCUAGCGAGUGAGGCGAAGCGCAAGGGCGUUAAAUACUUCGAGGGAUGCCAAGUGAAAUACAUCAAUACCAAAAACGAGCGAGUACACUCAGUCGAAACGGAUGUCGGCACGAUUACCUGUGAGUACUUCGUCAACUGUAGCGGUAUGUGGGCCCGAGAGCUUGGGCUAAAGUCGAAACCACCGGUACGCGUACCCGCCUACCCAGCACAGCACUAUUACGCCCUCACGCCCAGCCUCAAUCUACCGACGGACGACGAUAAUUUGCUCCCUUGCAUUAGGGAUUACGAUUCCAACCUGUACGCACGCCAGUACGACCAGUCGCUGCUGGUCGGUUGGUUCGAGAAGGAUGCCAAACCAGCGUUCGAAGACACGAAGGACAUCCCGAAGGCGUGGCAGGAUCAUCUGCAGGACGACCACAGCCAUUGUGCCGGUCUGUGGGAGAAAGCUGUCGAUCGGUUGCCGGUACUGCGCGAUCUCAACAUGCCGGCGGUGCGCAACAGUCCGGACAACUUCACACCGGACGGGCGCCUCAUAUUCGGCGAAUCGGCUGAGGUAAAGAACUACUUCGUUGCCUGCGGUAUGAACGGGAACCCGUUGCAAGGAUCGGGCGGUGUCGGUAAGGCGUUAGCGGAAUGGAUCGUCACCGGUACGCCGACGAUCGAUAUGCUGCCGUUCAAUGUGCAACGCUUCCUGGAUCUGCACAACAAUCGCCAGUAUUUGCAGCAGCGUAUCCGCGAGGUCGUUGGACGUCAGUAUGCGAUCCUCUAUCCGAACCAGAGCGAGUACAAGUUUUCGCGCAAGCUACGCUGCUCCCCAUUGUACAGUGUGCUGGAGGCGCGUGGUGCCGUGUUCGGUACGAAAAUGGGCUACGAACGGGCGCUGUACUUCGAUGCGGAUUUUCGCCGUGGUGAUCCAUUGCCAACGCUCCCGGAAGGAAGCUUCUAUAAGCCGAAAUUCUUUCAAUUCAUGGAGAAAGAGUAUCAGGCCUGUGCGCAACACGUCGGCAUCAUUGACAUAUCGUCCUUUUCGAAGAUCGAAAUCAAACCGGGCAUCCAGUCGGAUAUGGUUUCCGGCGACAAUCCCGUACUGAACUACCUUCAGUAUAUGUGUGCGAACGAUGUGAACAUUACUGUCGGGCAUAUCGUACAUACCGGCAUGCUGAACGAGCGUGGUGGCUACGAGAACGAUUGCAUGCUGAUACGCCAGUCGGAGGAUAGCUAUUUUAUGAUCUCCCCGUCCUCGCAACAGACGCGCAUCUAUGAGUGGAUGUCCCGGAAUUUGCCCACCGACGCGUCCGUGCAGCUCAACGACGUUACCUCCAUGUACACCGUGAUAAACGUCGUUGGCCCAAAGUCCACCCUGCUAAUGAGCGAGCUGUCGAACUCGGACGUACGGUUGGCACCGUUCAGCUACCGGAAGCUCAACAUCGGCUACGCCAGCGAUGUAAUGAUCAUGUCCUUCACGCACACCGGUAUGCCCGGCUACUGUCUGUACGUCCCGUCGGAAUAUGCACUGCACGUGUACGAUCGAUUGAUUACCCGCGGGCGCGAUUAUGGGGCGCGCGAUGUCGGUACGCUAACGCAACGGUUCCUGCGCAUCGACAAGUUCAUUCCAUUCUGGGGCGAUGAGCUGACCAGCAUGACGACACCGUUCGAGGCUGGGGUGUUUUACUCGGUACGAUUGGAUAUUUCACAAUUGAAGAAAAAGGAAAAUUUCAUCGGCCGGCAAGCGCUAGAGCGCCAGAAGCGUGACGGUUUGAAGAAGCGGCUCGUGCUGUUUCACGUCGAGGACAUCGACAUCGAUAAGGAUGUGUGGCCGUGGGGUGGUGAACCACUGUACAGAAACAACGAAUUUUGCGGUACGGUUACUUCGGCCGGCUAUGGAUUUGCGUCGGAAAAGCUAGUGUGCUUGGGGUAUAUCAGUCGCCCGGAAGGUAACGCUGUGCGUACCAUUACCACGGAGUUCCUCAUGGACAAGGAUACAGUUUAUCACAUUGAUAUUGCUGGCAAGCGGUUCCGUUUGACACAACACAUCCAUCCGAAGGCAGCAAUGGCUAGCGCAAUCGCGCGACAAGAUCUGAGCAAAUCGUACCGGCCGACUGUGGUAAAAGAGAAGAAGCAGCAAAGUUAA